AUGACAAUGGAAGCCAUUCAAACCAAUACAUCAACAUCAAGUCCAAACCCUACAACAAGCUCAAGCUCUAAAGCAUUUACCGAAACAUUAGAUGAGGUCUCAACAAUAGUCACCGCACCGAGUACAGGCAACUCUUCUAGAGUCACUACACCGAGUACAGGCAAAUCUUAUACAGUCACUACACGUAGAACAGCGACUACAGGGAAACCAAGUACAGUCUACACUAAAGCCACUACAGGAACACACAGUACAGCCAUUAAUACAGCCACUACAGGGACACCAAGUACAGUCUCCAAUAAAGCCACUACAGGGACACCAAGUACAGUGUCUAAUACAACCACUACAGGGACUCCAAGUACAGUCUCCACUAAAACCAAUACAGGGACACCAAGUACAGCCUCGAAUACAGCCACUACAGGGACAUCAAGAACAGUCUCCACUAAAGCCACUACAGGGACACCAAGUACAGCCUCCACUAAAGCCACUACAGGGACACAAGGUACAGCAUCUUAUACAUCCACUACAGGGACACGAAGUACAGUCUCCACUAAAGCCACUACAGGGACACCAAGUACCGUCUCCACUAAAACCACUACAGGGACACCAAGUACAGCCGGACACAAAAUACAGCCUCUAAUACAGCCACUACAGGGACACCAAGUACAGUCUACACUAAAGCAACUACAGGAACACAAAGUACAGCCUCCAAUACAGCAACUAAAGGGAAACCAAGUACAGUCUCCACUAAAGCCACUACAGGGACACCAAGUACAGUCCACUACAGGGACACCAAGUACAGCCUCAAAUGCAGCCACUACAGGGACACCAAGUGCAGCCUCUAAUACAGCCACUACAGGGACACCAAGUAAAGUCUCUAAUACAACCAAUGCAGGGACAACAAAUACAGCCUCUAAUACAGCCACUACAGGGACACCAAGUACAGCCUCUAAUGCAGCCACUUCAGGGACACCAAGAACACCAAGUACAGCCUCUAAAACAGCCACUACAGGGACACUAGGUACAGUCUCUUUUACAGCCACUACAGGAACACCCUCAAAUACAGCCAUUACAGGGACACUAAGUACAGCCUCUAAUACAGCAAUUACAGGGACACUAAGUACAGUCUCCUUUACAGCCACUACAGGGACACCAAGUACAGCCUCUAAUACAACCACUACAGAAACAAAAAGUACAGUCUCCAAUACAGCCACUACAGGGAAACUAAGUACAGCCUCUAAUACAGCCACUACAGGGAUACCAAGUACAGUCUCCUAUACAGGCAAUUCAGGGACACCAAGUACAGCCUCUAAUACAGCCACAACAGGGACACCAAGUACAGCCUCUAAAACAGCCAUUAUAGGGACACCAAGUGCAGUGUCCACUAUUGCCACAACAGGGACACCAAGUACAAUCUCCUAUACAGCCACUACCAGGACACCAACAACUAUAGGGACACCAAGUACAGCCUAUAAAACAGCCACUACAGGGACACCAUGUACAGACUCUGAAACAGCCAAUACAGGGACACCAAGUACAGCCUAUAAUAUAACCACUACAGGGACACCAAGUACAGACUAUAUAACAUCCACUAUUGGGACACCAAGUACAACACCAAGAACAGCCUCUAAUACAGCCACAACAGGGACCCCAAGUUCAGCAUCUAAUACAGCCAAUACAGUGACACCAAGUUCAGCCUCUAAUACAGCCACUACAGGGACACUAGGGACACCAAGUACAGCCUCUAAUACAGCCACUACAUGGACACCGAGUACAGUUUCCACUAAAGCCACUACAGGAACACCAAGUACAGCCUCGAAUACAUCCACUACAGUAAAACCAAGCACAGUCUCCACUAAAGCCACUACAGGGACACCAACAACUACAGGGACACUAGAUACAGUGUCCUAUACAGCCACUACAGUGACACCAAGUACAGCAUCUAAUACAGCCACUACAUGGACACCAAGUACAGUUUCCACUAAAGCCACUACAGGAACACCAAGUACAGCCUCC